CUGGCCUUUCCUAAAUCACAAAAACAAAAUCUGCAGUAUAUUAUUGGAGAGGAGAAUUUCACUUCAUACAAAAUUUCUUUUUCUGUAUAUUUGGAUUGAACAUAACAAAUUAAGAAUCUACACAUGGAAAUUAUGAGUUGAAAGAGUCCUGUUCUGAGAGUGCCACCAAACACCUCAGAAUUGAGUCCAAAAAAACAGAACAUCACCUUAGCCAGCCACCAUUCAAACGUGAGACUCUCACUCUGUUUUUGUGUUCUCUGUUCCGUUUGUGUGUGUGUGUGUUGUUGGGGUGCAUUAUCAUGAUGGGUGGCAGCGAGGAUCCGAACAACAAAGGCGAUUCUCCAUUCGAAUCCUCGGCAACGCAACCCUUUCUGUCGAAACCCUCGUACCCUUCAUCGGCAUCUUCGGCGGUGGAAGAAGAAUCGGAGUCAAACCAGCAAUACCUUCACAUCACUUACAAUUCAGGUCCUCGCUCCUUCAAGGACCUCCCUUUCCUCAUCCUCUUCCUUCUCUUCGUCAUCUCCACCUUCGCCUUCGGCAUCUUCGCCGUCUUCCACCGCAACGACAACUACCCUUCUCUCUCAUCUUUCUCCUACGACCCCACCUCCUCCUCCUGCGUCCUAAACCCUUCUUCCACUUCUUCCUCCCUUUCCUCGUGGCUUUCCCUCGAUUCUUCCUCGCACUUGGUCAAGGGUCUCAUAUGGACCCUCGUCAUCACCUUCGUUCUCAGCAUUCCCUUGUGCUGGGCUCUGCUUCUCUUACUCAAGCAUUACACCAAACAAAUUGUCUACGCUGCGAUUCCCUUCUUCAUCGCCAUCCCUAUUUUCCUCAACGUCUAUUGGUUCGUCGCAUGCACCCUCGGCUCGUCUUGCAGCACCGCUUUCCCCCUCGCGUAUCGGGUUAUCGUCAUGGUCUUCGUCUUCUUGGUGAUUGGGGUCGUCGUGUGGAUCUUGGUUGUGAAUUGGCAUCGCGUGGAGCUCACUGUCAGCAUAAUCGGGGUCGCUUCCCACGCACUUUCCAGGAAUUUGAACUUGUUCGGGGUGCUGCCUUGUUUGAUCGUCGGGCUUCUCGCGUAUUACGUGCCAAUAGUGGUUUUCAUGGUGUUUUCGAAGUUUAAUGGGAAGAUUGCGGUGAAGAAUUUGGAGAGCGGAUAUGCUUGUGUGUGGAAGGAAGAUUCGUGGGUUCCUGCUUAUUUUGCUUUGGCUAUUCUCACCAUGUUGUGGUCUGCGGCAGCUAUGAUUGAAGCUCAAGUUUAUGUCAUCAGUGGCACUAUAGCUAAUUGGUAUUUCACUAAGGAUCAUGAAACUCCUAAGCGGAGUAUUCGAACUUCUCUCAGAAAUGCUUUUGGUCCUUCUUCUGGCACCAUAUGUUUGUCGGGGUUGCUUAUCUUUGUUGUUCGAAUGGUGCGUUCUGCGGUUGACAGUGCAAGACAAGAGGAUAUUACCGGGAUAGUGAACCUUGUUCUGCGGUGCUGUGUAAACGCCUUAAUGACAGCAGUUGAUUUUCUCAACAAGUUCACCAUAAACUUUGCUGCAAUAACUGGUGAAGCCUAUUGCUCUUCUGCAAGGAUGACAUAUGAACUACUGAGACGCAAUCUUCUCUCUGCUGUUUUCGUGGAGACCAUCUCAUCUCGUAUUCUGGCGGGCAUUGUUUUUGUCUUUUCUGCAACAUACACAAUAGUGGCCUGUGUUAUCUUAAAAGCUGGUACCAAUCUUGGGAGUGAUUCAUAUUUUGUGGCUGCAAUGGCAUGGGUGCUACUGAUAGUAGUGUUGGGUUACCUGGUGCAUGUGCUAGACAAUGUAAUCGACACAAUUUACAUCUGCUAUGCGAUUGACCGUGAUAGAGGAGAGGUUUGUAAACAAGAUGUUCAUGAGGUUUACGUUCACCUACCCAUUAGUAGAAGUCUCAGACAAUCUGUUACCCCAAGAACUCUAGGUGUGUAAAUAGUUAUUGAGAUUCAAAUGUUUUUUAUUCCUGAGAUUGCUAUUCUAUGGACAGUGUGGAGUUAGAAGUAUCUGUGGCUUCUCAGCCUAUUGUGCAUUCUCCUGAAUGCUUCUAUUAAUUUUUGUUUUUAAUUUUUUCUAAUUUAGUUAAUCUGAAACUUGACUUCAGUUUUGUGUAACCUGAAUCUUGUAUAUUUUAUUUUUGGAAAGUGACACUCACACUGUUAAUCAGAAA